AUGUCAAAUUCCUUAGUCAUAAAUAGAAUGAAAAUUAGUCGGCUGGGGAUGUUGAUUGCCUCUCUGAUCGGAUUCGUCGUGUUGAUGUUUGUUUGGAAAGGAAACGAAUCCAAUUCCACAUUGUACUUUGGACGACAUCAUGGUGAAAAAGAAAAUCACAAAACACACAUGGAAUGGCAAGAACCUGCUGUUAAACCUAAUGUCACAGGUUUGAUCUCAUUGCGACAAGCGCUUAACCAGGUGCCGAAUAGUUAUCAAUUGGAUCUUGAUGAUUUGUUGGAUAUCUUGACAACAGACCAGGUCAUAUGGUUAUUGAUGAACUAUACAACUAAAAUAACAUACCGAUGUAGGAAGGAGAGGCGAUUUGGAAACCCUGUACAUGAAGAUGGUGGUUGGAAUGUUUGCAUGGAUGUUGAUAUUAACCCAAGUGACUGCAUUGUGUAUUCUUUUGGUAUUGCCAACGACUGGUCAUUUGAUGAGGACAUAGCUAAUUAUGGAUGCAACGUGUACAGUUUCGAUCCUAGCAUUGGUCUGGACGAUCAUAAACACGCCGAUCGCAUCUGGUUCUACAAUAUGGGGUUAUAUGACGACAAUAUAGAUGAUCUUGUAGCCAGAACAAACCAUUGGAAAAAAAAUAUCGACGUUCUCAAAUUUGACAUUGAAACAACAGAACACCGAAUAUUCCAUCAACUCAUCAAAAGUGGAAUUCUUAGAGACAUCAAGUUAGUGGCCUUCGAACUCCAUCUUUCGUCAAUUAAUAUACAUAAACAUAAAGAAGAUACGUUACACGUUUACCGAGCCCUGAAAGGAGUAUUUGAAUUGAAUGAGUUCAAAUUAUGGGAAUGGCAUGAGAACGAAGUAAUGGCGAAAAAACAUUCACGUCACAGGAUGACUUACAUUGAAUUGUAUUGGAUCAACACUAGAUUUAUCCAACCACGAAACCACUCUCUUUAA